GCAAUAUUUUGAAAUAUAACUUUUGAUCGAGAGGUUUUCAGCGCUAGCACAAUGCAAUGCAAUGUGUUCAUCAGUCAAAAGUAUGUUAUGUUGGUGAACAGUGUAAACUUUUGGCCAUUUUUGACUUUGAUCAUACCCUUGUGGAUGGCAACACAGACACAUGGAUAACAAAAAUGCUUCCUUCAACCAUGCAGAUUAUCUGAGAACAUCAACAGAAUGGUUGGUGUUGGACUAAUAUCAUGGACAAGGUCUUUGGAAUUCUCCAUGAAGGAAAUAUAAGCAAGGAUGACUAUGUGAGGUGUUUUGAAUCUCUACAAUUCACAGAAGGAAUGAAGGAUGUUUGUCACUUUCUGCAGAGCCAAAAAAUACCAACAAUAAUUAUAUCUGACUCAAACAGUUACUUUAUUGAUCACUUACUGGAGCGUGACUCUCUGCAAAAUGCUUUCUGUGGCACUUAUACAAAUCCAGCAGUGUGGUGCAGCAAUGGACGUUUAAAUGUCAAGCAUCAUCAUGAACAUGACUGUAACCAAUGUCCACAGAAUCUCUGCAAACGGAAGGUUGUUAACAAGCAUCUGGCUGAGCUAAAUCUAAGUUAUGAGCAUAUUGUUUAUAUUGGAGAUGGGCACGGAGAUCUCUGUCCCUGUCUGGCAUUGAAGAAAGGAGAUUACAUUCUAGCAAGAAAAGGAUAUAAACUUUUAAAAUGUUUGCAAGGUGAAAACCAGUCAGAAGCUAAAGCAGAAGUUGUUCCAUGGGUAAAUGGCUUUGAUGUUUUGAAAAUGUUUCAAAAGUUAUGUGAAACUUAAAUGUUAUUUUUGCAAUUUCAAUUUUUUAAAACUUAAUCACUUUGUCCCAUUUUCUACCCUUGUACUUUUUAUAAUAAGCCUCUCCACUUUUGAUAGGCCAAAUGUUUUUCAUUCAUGAAUUAAUAUGCAAGUCUCAUAGAAUAAUAGAUAAGGUAGGGAAUUCCUGAGUUGUAUUUAUUGUGUUCAAAUUAUGUAUGUGUAAAUCUUAUCUUUUUGGAAAGUUGAUUGAGCUCAAAACUUUGAGAAUCUUAAUGUCAGCUUUUGUGCUACCAGCUAAAAACAACUCUUCUGACUUAUUUAUAGGUGUUCCUAAUACCUAAGGAAGCACCAAUGUGAUCAAUAUAACUUUGUUUAAUCAAAUAUUCAUUUCAAUAUUUUAAGGCACUAUAUAGCUUAUUGUACAUGUUUUGCUUCAAUUUUAUCCUUGGUUCAAAAUUUCUUUUCUUUUGUUUUUGGGUAUUGUAAUGUAUGAUAAUGAGUUUGAAACAAAGGAAAAUAAAAUUUGAACCAAGGAUGAAAUUGAACCUCAACAUAUACAUCUAAUUCAUUAAAAAACAAAAUUGAACACAAAUUACCCAUCAUCUACCCUAGGCCUCAUGAAUAUUUGCCCUGGAUUAAUUCUGAGUUAAUUAUUAUUUAUAUUAAGAUGGAUCUGAUUUUAUUUCUUAUUUUUAAUCAUGUGACAUGCUAUUGUGUGUCCAAAUGGAGAGCUGCUAUUUGGGAUUUAACAUUAACAUUAGUUAACAUUAUUCCAGUUUCUUGAACCUCACGAUUAAAGGGUUCUAUUUUUAAUUACCACUGAAAAUUGUGAAUUUUUAUUCAGUUACUAUGGAACAAUUCUACAAGAAGAAUUAUCUUUAUCUUCCUUUUUGAGUGACCACUGAUGUCUCCCAAAAACAUCAAAUAAUUACUGAGUCAGUAAUUAUUUGAUGUUUUUAAUCUGUUUCUUAACCAUAAGUGACUGAGACAAUUUCUCUCUAAAAUCAAGCUGACAAUGGAUGACAAUAAAGAAAAAUAUAAAUUUGGGGAUCAUCUGUUGAUUCAAAUUUAUACCAAAUUCUUAGAACUUACAUCAUGAAAAUUGUAUGGCAAACAAUAAAGAGAACUACUAAUGAGA